AUUUGACUCUGCCAUUUAUUAUAUUUUUUUUCACCUUAUCCUACUCCAGCUUAUAUAUUUGGAAAAUAAUGAUGCCAGAAGAUAAAAUUAUCCUGCUAAAAUUUGCAAGUUUAGACACGGAAAAGCAAGUUGGAUGUGAUCAUGACUAUGUAUCUUUACAAUCAAGCAAUGGAGUGCUUAUUAGUAAGGUCUAUGGAAAUAUAGUGCCCUCACCAUUGCUGACAGAGACCAAUAAGGCCGCGGUUACAUUUGUUUCUGACACAGAAGACAGUGGCAAUGGCUUUGAGCUUACUUUUACUGCUGUACAGAACUCAGACGCAGGUGAGUGUUUCAGGUAUUUACUUCCUUGCCAUUUUCCCUUGAUGUGGGGAUGA